ACUCUUUUCCGCAGCACAGUAACUGGCUCCUGUAAAGGAAGUUCUUCCACUUGACUUCUCAUCAGCAAAUGAGCAGGAAACUCGUCAUGAUUCUGUGAACAGAGGACACCUGCCAAGAAGGUAAACCCAUUUUACUUUGGGAUAUUACUCUAUAAGAAGUAAGAGUACACAUCAAUUACCAGCAGAACCUGCCUCAUCUACCAUCAAAAUGAAGUUCGCUGUUGUGCUUGCUCUCCUUGGAGUUCUCCUGGCUCCAACCCUUGCCGAGGAGAACGACAGGAGGGCCAACGGUGAAGGUCCACACCUUCCUCCACCCCAUGAGGAAGGUGCACGCCAUCCACACUUUUCACUCCGUGAUGAAGGUCCACACCAGCCACCCAGUGAUGAAAGUCCACACCAGCCACGCCUUGGUGAAAAUCCACACUAUCUAAUCCGCCGUGGAUAUCCACACCUUCCACACCGUCCACCCCACAGUGCAUUUCCAUUCCAUUCACGCCCUUAUUUUGGCACACAUAGGUUUGCCAUCAGGCCACCCAUGCACCCUAAUAACUGGCAAACCGUCUGGGAUACCAAGACUGGCUUCAUCGCAACCAAGGUACUGGGAAAAAACACCUGCAUCAUUAGCAAAGCUGACACAGGAUUUAAUGGAUUUGAGGGAGCUACCUCCCCUGGGUUCCUUCCACCCAUAGAGCAUCGUUACGUGAUCUCAAACAACAGACUCCUGAACCUGUACCCAUAUGGAGCACGCAUUCAAAGACUGUGCAGUGGAGUUCCCACUUACUUUGCUUUCCCAUCUCCUGCGUCCAACUUCUUAGAGGAUGAUGCCUCAUGCAUCAGAAAUAUGUUCAGAAACAUGUAUCUCGUUUACUGCAACUUAUAA